AUGAGUUCGGCAAAGACGCUCGUGAGCAUCGCCAGCAUUGGCAGCGGCAUCGCUGUCGUCGCUUGCGUGUUGACCGUUGGAUACAUCUUCAACGACAUCAACUCGUUCUAUGAUGACGUCAUCGAUACGAUGGCUGAGUUCAAGCACAAUGAGCAGGGCGCGUGGAACUCGAUGGUCAAGUCGAACGACAUCUUCGGAAGAAUCAAGCGCGGAAUCAACAAGCGUCAGGCGCAAUGCAACUGCGGAGCGCAGGCGAACGGAUGCCCACCGGGACCACCGGGACCACCAGGACAGCCGGGACAUCAAGGAGAGCCGGGACAUCCGGGAGAGCCAGGAAAGCCGGGAGCCAAUGGAGUGACGAUCGGACUCACCGGCGGCAACGGACCGUGCAUCACGUGCCCAGCCGGAGCGCCAGGACCACAGGGACCAGCUGGACCAGCCGGACCAAAGGGACCCGACGGACAGCCGGGAGCGCCAGCCAUCGGCGGAGGACAAGGACCACCAGGACCACCAGGACCAGCUGGAGACGCCGGAGCGCCGGGAGCGCCAGGAAACCCGGGAGCGCCAGGAAACCCAGGAGCGCCAGGACAACGCAGCCGCGGACUCCCGGGACCAGCCGGAGCCCCAGGACCACAGGGAGCCCCAGGACAGCCGGGAGCGCCAGGAAACGGCGGAGGUCAGGGACCAGCUGGACCGGCCGGACCACCAGGACCACCAGGACAACCAGGACAGCCGGGACAAGACGGAACUCCAGGAGCGCCAGGAAACCCGGGAGCGCCGGGAGGCGACGCCGCCUACUGCCCGUGCCCGGCCAGAUCGGUGGCUGUCCGCAGACACCGCAAGGUUGUCCGCAGACACCGCAAGGUCGUCAAGGUCGCCAAGGCCUAA